AUGGUCUUAACCGACGUGCUUAAACGUUGGAAAGCAAUCAACGGCAAGGAAGCGUACCUUUGUACUGGAACCGAUGAACAUGGCAUGAAAAUUCAACAGGCAGCUUUAAAGGAAGGAAUCUCACCCAAAGAAUUGUGCGAUAAUAAUUCGAACAAGUUCAGAGAUCUUGCCGAAGUCUCCAACAUUUCUCACGAUUUCUUCAUCCGAACCACCGAUCAGGAACAUAAAGAUGUUGUCCAACAAUUCUGGCUUCUCCUCAAGGCUCGUGCGCCUGAAGGAUUGGGAUUAUACAAGGGAAAACACGAGGGCUGGUACUGUGUUAGUGAUGAGUGCUUCUACCCAGAAGAUCUCGUGGAGCCCAGCGUUGUGCCGCAGACGGGUCGCAAGAUCAUGGCCAGCACUGAAACAGGCAACGAAGUCGAAUGGAUUGCUGAACAUACGUGGUUUUUCCCUCUUUCAAAGUACAAGGAUAAGCUACUUCGCUUCUACAACGAGAACCCUGAUUGGAUCCAGCCAGCUCAUCGUAUGAACGAAGUACGAAACUGGGUCGAAAACCACCUGGAGGAUCUUUCAGUCACUCGUCCGACGUCAAGAUUGAACUGGGGAAUUAGAGAUCCCGAUGACCCAAGCAGCACCAUCUACGUCUGGGUGGAUGCCCUCGUCAACUACCUGACCAAGGCUGGAUUUGGCACCAAGUGGCAUGCUGACGACGCCGACACAGGUAUCUGGCCAGCAGAUGUGCACGUCGUCGGCAAGGACAUUAUUCGAUUCCACGCAGUCUACUGGCCUGCCCUGCUCAUGGCUGCAGGUCUCCCUCUGCCCAAGAAGAUCCUCUGCCACAACCACUGGACCAUGUCCAACCGCAAGAUGUCCAAGUCUCUAGGAAAUGUCGUCAAUCCGUUCUCCGCUGUGCAAAAGUGGGAUCUUGACCCUCUGCGAUACUUCCUCAUGCGGAACGGCAGUCUCAAGGGUGACAUGAGCUAUUCGAACGAGUCCAUCAUGGUCAUUUACGAAAAGGAGCUCCAAGCUAAUAUUGGCAACUUGUUUAACCGCAUUUCUCGCAACAAGAACUUUUCUUGGUCAACUUUGGGAGCGGUUCAGGCUGCUCGAAACGGCGACUUCGACAAUAUUGAAUCCUCUGUGCCUCGCGGGGACGCAGUCCCCGACUUUUUCAGCCUCGAAUCAACACUGAAUGAUGCACCCACAACUAUCCGACGUGAUAUGGAUGAGAUCAACUUGAGUAAUGCGCUUCGCGGCGUCUUUGAGCUUCUCCGAGAGGCAAACCGCUUUAUUAGUGAUACUGAACCCUGGAAGAUGACCAAGAGUGAGGACCCCAAUGCCAAGGUUUGUAUCAACUGGGUUAUAUAUGAGUGCGCCGAAGCCGUGCGAAUCGCGGGCAUCCUUCUGCAGCCUAUUAUGCCUACAAAGGCUGAGGAGCUCCUGGAUAACCUUGGUGUUGACCGCGAAAGACGCACUAUCGAAUUCGCUCGCAAGGGUGCUGAUACAGAAUAUGGCACUCCGCCUCUUAUGACGAAUAACAUCAAGCCCAACAGCUUUCAGAGUCUGUUUCCUCCUGUCGCAGCUGUUGACUUGCCUGAUGCCCCGAUCGACGCACCAAAGGGUAAGGGCAAGGUCAAGAACCGACUGGGACAAGUGGCAAGUUCAUUGGCUCAAGAGGCACGAGAAACCAUCUCAACAAGCAAAGCAUUGCUUGUCCCAUACGAGGCUCACCAUGUGCGGCAAUACCACGCAUGGAUGCAAGAUCCAGACAUCCAAGAAGCUACUGCUUCAGAGCCGAUGACUUUGGAGGAGGAGUACGAGAACCAGCAGUCAUGGCGCACAUCAUCCGACAAGCUUACAUUUAUCGUCUGCGCACCCGUCACACAAGACGUAUCAUUAGUGAAAGCCAGCACAGCUGAUGCAGAUGGUCUCAUGCGCGGGGACAUCAACUUCUUUCUCUACCCAUUUGAAAGCGACGAUGAGGAUGAUACUACAGAUACCCAAGGCUGGGUUACUGGCGAAGUGGACGUCAUGAUCGCUUCGCCCUCGCAUCGCGGACAAGGUCUUGGUCAAGCGGCAGUGUGUGCGCUGCUUGUGUAUAUCCGAAAGCACAUCGACGGGAUACUCGCAGAGUAUGGGGCAAAAGAGCUCAAGGGUUUGAUGGUAAAGAUCAAAGAGGGAAACAAGGGCAGCAGAGCUCUAUUCGAAAAGUUGGGGUUUGUGCAGAAGGGAGAAGUGAAUUACUUUGGUGAGGUUUUGAUGACUAUUGAAUGGGAUGAGGUUUUGAAGAGGGCUUGGUGGACGGGAGCUGAGAAGGAGUUUAGAGAGGUGAAGUAUGAACUAGAAAACGAAUAA